AACCUAAAGCAAUACGGGUUCAAAUACCUUGAAACCCGCUAUCUUCCCCUCUGCGACGACAAAACUCUCAGUUCAGCCACGACGGCUUUUCUCCUCUGCCGCCAUCACGCCGUCGCCACCGUUUAGAGUGAGUUAAAUCCCCAAGGUGCUGCUUGUCCAGAUAUUACUCGUAAUUAUAUUCGAGUAUAGAAACAAGAGGUCAAUUUUUUUUUAUCUUCUUUGCUAUGGGCUCUCCUGAAUGUAUAAGAAGUUCAACGAAACGGGACAAUGAGGAGGAUGUAGAGGUAAACAUUGAUAGUGUUAGGGAUGAUGAGGACUGGGAUUGUGAUGAUAAGAGAAAACAACGCUCAAGCAAAUCUAGGAAAGCAGGAAGUGGUGAGGAACUUGAUGGAUUGGAUAGCAGUGGAAGAAAAAGAAGUUCGUAUGACAGACAUGAAAGUCGAAAGAGAGUGGGUGGCUCGAGCAGAGCUGAUAGUGAUCAGGAUGACUAUGAAACCAGAAAAGAGUCGCGCUCUAAGCAGAUGAAGAAAAAGCCAGAAGAGAAUACAUUAGAUGUACUGAGCACUUGGUAUCAAGAUGGAGAAACAGAAAAUAAGCUUGAUGCUGUGGAAAAACAUGGGAGUAGAGGAUAUAGUCGAGCUGAAGAGACUGAGCGAAAGAAAUCAACUUCAAAGUACUCAGAGCACGACAUUGAUGUGGAAAAGCUAUCAGAUAGAGAUUCAAGAGAUUCAGUGAGAAGGGAUAAUAGCCGAGAAAAGGGAUAUGGGUAUGCUGAGCAUGGAAGAAGGAGGAGAUGGGAUGAGCCUGACAACAUUGUGAAAACUGUUGAAUACGGAGAAAAAUCUGAUGUAAAAAGUGGCAAGUCUACUGACCCUAAACUUGAAGGUUCUAGUGAAAGAGAAAGAAGUGAUACUUUGGAAAGCGAAUCAGUUGAUGUUAGAAGCCGAGGUUUUGAGUCAAUGACGGACAAAGGUGUAAAGUUUAAUGACAGAGAGGAGAGACGAGUUGAUUCAGAAAGGAGCAAGAGAGGAAGGUCUGAAUUUCUUGAGGAAGACAGUAAGGGAAGUUUAGCACGUGAAGAUAUAUUGAAUAAAGAGAGAUUUGAGGAGCAUAGACAACCAAGAAAUCCAACUCGAGAUAUUAUUGACGGCUAUGCAAGGUCUUUAAAUGCUGAUGAGGAUGUUAAUACAUGGGUGAGGGACAAAAGUAGGAGAGAUGUAGAUAACUCCAAUAUGUCCAGGACACCUGAGAAGAUUGGAAAGCGUGAAUCAGAUAAUUUUGAGCUGGAUUAUGAAAGAAGCUCUACUUUGAGGAGAAAGGAACUGGGAAAAGAUGGCUCCUGGGAUGAUAGAUCAAAAGGAAGAGAUGAUAGUUGGGGUGACAGGAACAGGGACCGUGACAAUGUUAAAGAUACAUGGAAAAGAAAACAAGACAAGGAAACUAGAGAUAAUGAAACAACCUAUGAUAGCAUCAGGGACUGGGACUUGCCCAGACGUGGUCGUGACAGGAUUGAUGGUCGCAUUGGUGGUAGAAAAGAUGGAAGCAGGACUGAAGCUGUGAAAACCUCAUCAAAGUAUGGAAUAUCAAAUGAGAAUUAUGAUGUGAUUGAAAUUCAAACCAAGCCAUUUGAUUACGGAAGAGAAGAUUCUAGAUCCAUCUUUGCAAGAAAUGGUGAGGCCAUUCAGCAAUCUGACACAAAACUGGCUCCCGAUGGCGAGGAGUUUGCGUAUUCAAGGGAGGAGAGAUCACGAAACACACAUGGAUCUGUACAAACCGGUGAAGAUGGAAAAGAUAGAUUCAUGGAUGGUGGUCUUGCAAUGCAGGAUCCAAAUUCGUGGAGGGACGACGAUGAUUAUCAGGGAGAGAAAUCAAGAGGGCAGAAAGGUGGUUUGUCCAAUCGUGGUAGUGGUGGCUCUGUACCUCCACAUGGAAACCAGGAGACGAGUUCAUUUGGUAGAACUGCCUCACAGGGUGGCAGAGGAAACAGAAUUGGGAGAGUAGGACGGGGUAGGCCUACUGGAAGAGACAGUCAACAGGCUGGCAUUCCAAUACCCUUGGUAGGAUCACCUUUUGGACCACUUGGAUUGCCCCCUCCUGGACCAAUGCAAUCUUUACCUCCUAACAUGUCCCCUGCUCCAGGUCCUAUUUCUCCUGGAGUCUUUAUUCCACAGUUUCAACCCCCAAUUGCAUGGCCAGGAGCUCGCGGUGUUGAGAUGAACAUGCUUGGUGUUCCACCUGGUCUACCACCUGUUCCCCCUGGACCGUUGGGACCUAGAUUCUCCCCUAAUCUAGGAAAUGCACCAAGUGGUCCUUUGGUCUUCAGUCCAGCAGGACCUGGAAGAGGGAUGCCUCCCAGUAUGUCUGCUCCCAAUUUUAAUGUGAUGGCUCCAGUAGGUCGCAGUCAGCAGCAAGAUAAAGCCUCUGGAGGAUGGGUUCCACCUAGAACUAAUGCCCCGCCUGGCAAAGCUCCAUCUAGAGGAGAGCAGAAUGAUUACUCUCAGAACUUUGUUGACACUGGGAUGCGGCCACAGAAUUUUAUUAGGGAGCUGGAGCUCACUAGUGUCGUGGAGGACUAUCCAAAGCUUCGGGAGCUUAUACAAAAAAAAGAUGAGAUUGUUUCCAAAUCUGCUUCACCUCCUAUGUACUACAAAUGUGACCUGAGAGAGCACGUACUUUCUCCAGAGUUCUUUGGGACCAAGUUUGAUGUCAUUCUUGUAGACCCACCAUGGGAGGAAUACGUUCAUCGAGCUCCUGGUGUAACUGACCAUAUGGAGUACUGGACAUUUGAAGAAAUAAUGAAUUUAAAGAUUGAGGCAAUUGCUGAUACUCCAUCUUUCAUUUUCCUCUGGGUUGGUGAUGGUGUUGGCCUAGAGCAAGGCCGACAAUGUCUGAAGAAGUGGGGAUUUCGCAGAUGUGAAGAUAUAUGCUGGGUGAAGACAAAUAAAACAAAUGCAACUCCUGGAUUACGCCAUGAUUCUCAUACUCUGUUUCAACGCUCCAAGGAACAUUGCUUGAUGGGCAUAAAAGGGACUGUACGUCGUAGUACAGAUGGUCAUAUCAUUCAUGCCAACAUUGACACUGAUGUAAUAAUUGCUGAGGAGCCUCCUUAUGGUUCAACUGCAAAGCCUGAGGAUAUGUAUCGAAUCAUUGAGCAUUUUGCUCUUGGCCGAAGAAGACUUGAGCUUUUUGGUGAAGACCAUAAUAUUCGGUCUGGAUGGUUGACAGUCGGUAAAGGAUUGUCCUCAUCGAAUUUUAAUUCUGAGGCAUAUGUCAGGAACUUUUCGGAUAAGGAUGGGAAAGUAUGGUUAGGAGGAGGAGGAAGAAACCCACCACCCGAGGCACCUCAUCUCGUCCUGACAACCCCUGAAAUAGAGGCUCUUCGGCCCAAGUCACCAAUGAAGAACCAGCAGCAAAUGCAACAGCAGCAGUCAGCUUCCAUCUCCCUGACAACGGCUAAUUCCAGCAACAAAAGGCCUACUGGAAAUUCACCUCAAAAUCAUAACGCCCCUAAUCUGAACCAAGAAGCUUCUAGCUCCAACAUUCCGUCUCCAGCUCCAUGGGCUUCUCCAAUGGAAGCAUUUAAGGGACGAGAAGGUGGGCAUCUGCCUUCUGAUGGCCAGAUGUACGAUAUGUAUGGGUACAGUGCACAGUUUGGUCCACCUACUGGAGACUUUUUAGAUUAUGAAUCUCACAGAGGAAUGAAUAUGUUGUAGCAAAAGCUCAAUGUGUAAUUUUUCAUUAUACAACAUUUUUUGCGUUUCUACCUGAUGACAUGCAUAAUGUUAUAGAAUUACGAUUCAGUUCUGAAUGAGGGCAUUGUUGCAUUAAAACGGAGCAGAAGGCGAUCUAGGUAGAGGGGCUACAAGAAGUCCUCAAAUUUUUCGGAGCAAUCCAUCUGGUUUGUUGGUCCAUAAUAUCAAAAUUUUUGUUUUCUGGUUGAUGUUUGCGUAGUGUAGUUCUCUGUGUAUGUAAAGGUUUAUUCUCAUGUGUUGCCAGAUUAUCCUUUUUAGUAAAUUGUUGUUACCUAA